AUGUCCAGUGCGACCUGUGCCCGAAGCGGCUCAAGUCUCGCAAGUUCCUGCAGAUCCACAAGCACAACGCGCACACCGGGAAGCGAUACGGAUACCUGUGUCCCGUGUGCGAGCACCGCUUCGAGAAGCCCAACAAGGUGCGUGCUCACACCAGAAGAGUGCACGGACUGCCCGACGACAGGCAGGGUCCUAUCGUCAGAGUGCAACUGUGAGGCUAGCCAUAUGACUUAUCGAAGAACUGAACGUGGCUGCAAUUCCAAGCUCGGCGUGGGGUUUUGUCACUACUCGUGGAGAACCGUUGUAAAAUGCAGCAUUCAUACGCUGACGACAAAUGAGAACCGAAAAUCCUAUCGUCGGCGAGAGCAUUUCAUAACGCAACUUGGCGUCUUCAAGGAGUCAUCAACUUCCUGA